UUGAAAUUAUAUAUCGCGCGUUUCAACUAAUUACUCCAAUGGAUGUGAAAACUAUAUUCUCAUGAUACAACGCUUUUUCUUCACGCCUAGCUAUUUAGGAGAUAUUUUACUGAGAUCCGGCUAAAUAUAUCAAAAGAGAAAUGUCAGACGAUUCAAGCUUGUAUAGAUUAGAGGGAUCUGUAGGAAAUGAAGGGGGUGGUCUGGUCAUACGUAAGAAAACAUCGGAUCAUACUUUCAAGAAACCUUCUAUAUUAGGUCUUGACAAGCUUGCAGAACGAAAAAGAAGAGAGCAAUCGCAGGAGCCUACCAGCUCUAAGUCUAACAAAUCCGAAGGAAAGGACAGAAGAUAUCGAUCUUAUGAAGAAGAAACUCCUACUCAUACUGGAGGUGUCAAUUCUGAAGCGCAACAAAGAUUAGAGUCCAGACUCAAGCGUCAGCGAUUAAGUGCAGAUGAUAGAAACUCUAAAAAUUCAUAUAAAAGUCGCGAGAGAGACAGAGACAGGCGAAGGGAUCGAGAUAGGGAAAGUCGAGGCAGAGAUAGUAGUAUAAGACAAACGCCUCUUAGAUUCAGGGAUGAACCCCAAACGCCGAAAUUUCGGACGAAAGAUCCGACUUCUAAGAGCAAUUGGGACGACGACGAGGACGAAGAGCCAAAACGAUCCAGCUGGGAUCAUCCGACACCGAAUCUGUACACUAACAGAGAUAGUCGCGAUAGUGUCAGAAGCGAAUUUACUCCUUCCUAUAAAUACAACUCAUGGAACAAAGAUUUUAAGAGUUCCGGUGCCACUCCGAUGAUAGACGGAGAGGAGAAGGAAAUGUGGGAAGAGGAACAGCAACGACUAGACAGAGAAUGGUAUGCAUUAGACGAUGGAGAGAAUAACGCUUUCGCUAAUGUAUCCGAAGAAUAUACACGGAAGAAGGAAAUGGAGUUGGAGGCCAGGAGACAGAAACGCCUUUCCGCUCAGCAAAGACAAAUAAAUAAGGACAAUGAAUUAUGGGAGCGUAACCGUAUGUUAACGUCCGGAGUUGUGAGCUCGUUAGAUCAUGACGACGAUCCUGAUGACGAAGGAGAGGCAAGAGUUCACUUGCUGGUUCAUAACGUAGUCCCGCCGUUUUUGGAUGGACGUAUCGUGUUCACGAAGCAACCGGAACCGGUUGUACCUGUGCGUGAUCCCACUUCUGACAUGGCUCUGGUAGCAAGGAAAGGUUCGGCACUAGUCAAAGCAUACCGUGAGCAAAAAGAAAGGCGUAGAGCUCAAAAAAAGCAUUGGGAACUGGCAGGAACACACAUCGGUAAUAUUAUGGGUGUACACGAUCGGCGUAAAGACGAUAAAGAGCAUGCAGGGCAAGAAACAGAUUUUAAAGCUGGGCAAAAAUAUGCCCGACACAUAGGGUCGGGCGAAGUAACGGGGGAAGCUAAGUACAAAUCUAUACAGCAUCAAAGAAGGAGUCUUCCUGUAUUCGCAGUACGUCAAGAACUGCUUAAUGUUAUCAGGGAGAACAGCGUUGUUGUAAUAGUAGGCGAAACUGGUAGCGGCAAAACCACGCAAUUAACGCAGUAUCUUCACGAGGAUGGUUACAGUCGCUACGGUAUAAUUGGUUGUACUCAGCCAAGACGAGUCGCUGCUAUGUCCGUCGCGAAAAGAGUAUCCGACGAGAUGGCUACUGCUCUAGGCGACAAAGUUGGAUAUGCAAUACGUUUCGAAGAUUGUACAUCGAAAGAUACGGUCAUUAAGUAUAUGACCGAUGGUAUUUUACUGAGAGAAAGUUUGAGAGAAGGAGAUCUGGAUCGUUACAGCGUGAUUAUAAUGGACGAAGCUCACGAACGAUCACUUUCCACCGACGUAUUGUUUGGUCUUCUUAGAGAAGUUGUCGCUAGACGGCAUGAUCUAAAGUUAAUCGUCACUUCCGCAACAAUGGAUUGCAGCAAAUUCUCCGCUUUCUUCGGUAACGCGGCAACAUUCCAAAUACCUGGACGUACGUUCCCCGUCGAAGUAUUGCACGCGAAGAAUCCAGUCGAAGAUUACGUGGACGCGGCUGUAAAACAAGUUUUGCAAAUUCAUUUGCAGCCCAAAAGCGGUGACGUAUUGGUCUUUAUGCCCGGUCAAGAGGACAUCGAAGUCACUUGCGAAGCUCUGAAAGAACGCUUAGCUGAAAUCGAAUCGGCUCCGCCACUUUCUAUACUGCCCAUUUAUUCCCAACUGCCAUCGGACUUGCAGGCAAAGAUCUUUCAACGAUCCGAGGGAGGUCUACGUAAAUGUGUCGUUGCGACCAAUAUAGCGGAAACGUCGCUGACGGUCGAUGGAAUUGUUUUCGUUGUUGAUUCAGGAUACUGUAAAUUAAAAGUGUACAAUCCUCGAAUAGGUAUGGACGCUCUGCAGGUAUAUCCUGUGUCCAGAGCCAAUGCCGAUCAAAGGCAGGGCAGAGCUGGUCGUACCGGUCCUGGUCAAUGCUACAGAUUGUACACGCGACGACAAUACUUGGAUGAAUUAUUACUAACAGGAGUUCCCGAGAUACAACGUACCAAUUUAGCUAAUACAGUAUUACUACUGAAAUCAUUAGGAGUUCAAGACUUAUUGGCGUUUCAUUUCAUGGAUCCACCACCACAAGAUAAUAUAUUGAAUUCAUUGUAUCAAUUGUGGAUCUUGGGGGCGCUUGAUCAUACCGGACGCUUGACCCCACUAGGACGACAAAUGGCAGAGUUUCCCUUGGAUCCACCACAAUGCCAAAUGCUCAUAGUUGCUUCUCAACUUGGCUGUACUGCGGAUAUCCUUAUUAUCGUUUCGAUGCUGUCGGUUCCAUCGAUCUUCUACCGACCAAAAGGUCGCGAAGAAGAUUCAGAUUCAGCACGCGAGAAGUUUCAGGUACCAGAAUCAGAUCAUUUGACAUAUUUAAAUGUAUACAAUCAGUGGAAGGCAAACGGUUAUUCGAGUUCCUGGUGUAACGACCAUUUUAUACAUGCGAAGGCUAUGCGCAAGGUGCGGGAGGUACGAUCGCAGCUCGAAGAAAUUCUGAAGCAACAGAAGAUGGAUGUCGUUAGUUGCGGCACUGACUGGGAUAUCGUACGAAAAUGUAUCUGCUCUGCCUACUUUCAUCAGGCAGCGCGUUUGAAAGGCAUUGGUGAAUACGUCAAUUGCCGUACUGGAAUGCCUUGUCAUCUUCAUCCCACUUCCGCGCUGUUCGGCAUGGGCUUCACACCUGAUUACGUCGUAUACCACGAACUCGUGAUGACCGCCAAAGAAUACAUGCAAUGUGUCACUGCGGUGGAUGGUCACUGGUUGGCUGAAUUAGGCCCAAUGUUCUUCAGUGUGAAGGAGACUGGUCGAAGUGGCCGUGCGAAACGACGACAAGCAAUGCAACAUCUCCAUGAGAUGGAGCAUCAAAUGAAGGAGGCCGAGGAGGAAAUGAAAGCUCGUGCUCAAGAGCAACUUGAGCGAGAACAAGCGUCAGUUCGAAAGAAAGAGAUUUUAACCCCUGGUAUUAGGGAACCGGGUACUCCUGCCCCGUAUCGUAACACGCCCGGAAGAUUAGGAUUGUAA